CUCGCUGUGAAAGGCUGACAGCUCUUCCUGCUCUACGCGCUGCUCCCGCCUCUUCAUCCAGCUCCAAGGAAGGAAGGAGGAACUGCUAGAAACGCAUGUGUCACUUCCAGUACGCUGCGAAAACGUGCGGCUGCGUGACUCUGUGGAAUUAUUUCGCUGUUUUUUUUUUUGCAGUCGGUGGGAAGUAAGUCUGGAAUCACAGCAGGGGUGCGGGGCGCAUAAGGAAGGUAGCGCAAGUGGUUUCGGAAGUGGAGCGUGGCAGAGAAAAGGAAGACCGGGGGGGGGGGUGGGGGGGUCUUUCCUGUGUGAUACCAGAUAGCUUGCUUCGCUUGCCUGCCACGACGGGACUGACGUAAAAUAUGGCGGAGCAUCACCCGGUGUCUGACAACAAACACAAAUCCUUACUGAACUCGUCGUACUCUGGGAACGGGCGCAGCAGCACGGCGGUCGCGGAAAGAGGCAGCAACGCCGGGGCAGCAGGAGGAGGAGGUCUGUCCGGCGGCCUGUCGCAGCCGGCCGGGUGGCAGUCCCUGCUGUCUUUCACCAUCCUAUUCCUGGCCUGGCUUGCCGGUUUCAGCUCCAGACUCUUCGCUGUCAUUCGUUUCGAGAGCAUCAUUCAUGAGUUUGAUCCCUGGUUCAACUACAGGUCGACUCACCAUCUCACCACCAAUGGCUUUUAUGAGUUCCUCAACUGGUUUGAUGAAAGAGCCUGGUACCCUUUGGGUAGGAUAGUAGGGGGCACGGUGUACCCUGGCCUGAUGGUCACGGCAGGCCUCAUCCACUAUGUGCUCAACCUCCUGCAUGUCACCGUCCACAUCAGGGACGUGUGUGUGUUCCUGGCCCCAGUAUUCAGUGGCCUGACCUCCAUCUCCACCUUUCUGCUGACGAGGGAGCUGUGGAACCAGGGGGCGGGGCUGCUGGCAGCAUGCUUCAUAGCCAUUGUCCCGGGCUACAUCUCCCGCUCCGUGGCUGGCUCCUUUGACAACGAAGGCAUCGCCAUCUUUGCCCUGCAGUUCACCUACUACCUCUGGGUGAAGUCGGUGAAGACGGGAUCGGUCUUCUGGACUAUCGGAUGCUGCCUGUCCUAUUUCUACAUGGUUUCAGCUUGGGGAGGUUAUGUGUUCAUCAUCAACCUUAUUCCUCUUCAUGUGUUUGUCCUGCUGCUCAUGCAGCGCUUUAGUAGGAGAGUCUACAUAGCCUAUAGUACCUUCUACAUCAUUGGCCUGGUCCUGUCCAUGCAGAUCCCCUUUGUGGGAUUUCAGCCGAUCCGGACCAGUGAACACAUGGCCGCAGCAGGUGUGUUUGUGCUGCUUCAGGUCUAUGCCUUCCUGCAGUACCUGAAGGACCGACUAACCAGGCAGGAGUUCCAGACUCUGUUCUUCCUUGGAGUCUCUCUGGCCGCUGGAGUGGUUUUCCUCUCCGUCAUCUAUCUGACAUACACAGGGUACAUUGCUCCAUGGAGUGGGCGCUUCUACUCCCUCUGGGAUACUGGCUAUGCUAAGAUCCAUAUUCCCAUCAUAGCAUCAGUAUCUGAACACCAGCCCACCACCUGGGUGUCCUUCUUCUUUGACCUUCACAUCCUUGUCUGCACCUUCCCAGCAGGCCUCUGGUUCUGCAUUAAGAACAUCAAUGAUGAGCGUGUCUUUGUGGCCUUGUAUGCCAUAAGCGCCGUGUAUUUUGCCGGCGUGAUGGUGCGUCUGAUGCUCACUCUGACUCCGGUGGUGUGCAUGCUGUCAGCUGUGGCUUUCUCCAGUGUCUUCGAGCACUACCUGGGCGACGAUAUGAAGAGGCAGAGUCCGCCAGCAGAAGACAGCAGCGAUGAGGACGACAGGAAGAACGCCAGCAACCUCUAUGACAAGGCUGGUAAGGUGCGUAAACAUGUGUCAGAGCAGGAGAAAGCUGAGGAGGGCCUGGGCCCCAACAUCAAGUCCAUAGUCACCAUGCUGAUGCUGAUGCUGCUCAUGAUGUUUGCUGUCCACUGCACCUGGGUCACCAGCAACGCCUACUCCAGCCCCAGUGUGGUACUGGCAUCUUACAACCAUGAUGGCUCCCGUAACAUCCUGGAUGACUUCAGAGAGGCUUACUACUGGCUGAGGCAGAACACAGAUGAGCAUGCCAGAGUGAUGUCCUGGUGGGACUACGGCUACCAGAUAGCGGGCAUGGCAAACAGAACCACGCUGGUCGACAACAACACAUGGAACAAUAGUCACAUAGCACUGGUGGGUAAAGCCAUGUCAUCAAACGAGAGUGCGGCCUAUGAAAUCAUGAGGUCCCUGGAUGUGGACUACGUCCUGAUCAUCUUUGGUGGGGUGAUUGGCUACUCAGGUGACGACAUCAACAAGUUCCUGUGGAUGGUUCGCAUCGCAGAGGGGGAGCACCCGAGGGACAUCAGGGAGAGUGACUACUUUACCCCACAGGGAGAGUUCAGGGUGGACAAAGCCGGCUCCCCCACGCUGCUCAACUGCCUAAUGUACAAAAUGUCGUACUACCGCUUUGGAGAGAUGCAGUUGGACUUCCGGACACCGCCGGGCUUCGACCGGACUCGUAACGCUGAGAUCGGCAACAAGGACAUAAAGCUGAAACACCUGGAGGAAGCCUUCACCUCGGAGCACUGGCUGGUCCGGAUUUAUAAGGUCAAAAAGCUGGAAAACAGAGACCGUGUGGAGCACAAGCUGCGAAGCACCGACACUGUUAAGCAGAAGUACACCUCCAAAAAGACAGCCAAGAGGAAGCGGGGAUACAUCAAGAACAAGCUGUCCCUCAAGAAGGGCAAGAAACAGAUCAAGAAGUCUUUAUAGAAAGCCCAGCACCAUCAGAGGCACAUCGUGAAAGGGGGGGUGGGGGGUGGAGGGUGGUUGGACGGGGGGUGGGUGGGGAGGUAAAAAUCUUAAACACAGAACUUUCAGCAAAAAAUUAAAAAAAAAAACAAGCAGCAACAGUAAAAUCCACCUAUUGAGAUGAAUAAAGAAGACCAGGGGCUCUCCAGUUAUCUGUCACCUUGAGCGUCCUCACCUGGAGGUCCUGGCUGGAAAUGUUACCAUCACCCAGGAGAAUGCGUUUUUAACCCCAGCUGACCUUUGACCUGAUAAGCGGGGGCAGCGAAGCUGGAGGGAAAAAACGGGAGAUGUCGGCCAGUCCGAGAUCCUUCCCGCACUGGUGUUUUAACCUGAGGAACUGUGACCUUUGAUUUGCUUUUCUUUUUGUACUUGAACGUGAGUGAGAGGCGACAGCGAGAGCACGAGAGAUUAGACGUCCUUAACGCGGUGACUCAGUUUGGGACAGCUCUAUGCAUCGUUCAGACAGAGACGGAAAAUUAAACACUGUUUUACCACAUCAUUAAUCCAGAGACGAGACACUAGACCUGCUCCAGCUGAGACAGAGGGUGAUUUUAGGAUGGCUGAAACGGUUGUUUCCCCUUGUUGGAUUUCAUAAACAUUCUCACACUUGACAAGUUUGAUGGGAAAGGAGACAGAGAGAGAAACACAAGUUUACCUGCCCACCACCCUGCUUUCUUUAGUUCCAACCAGCUGUCAGUAACAACACCACAGAAUUGAAGUUAGCAGAAGUUUGGUCGGCUCACGGCGAGCACAUACGUGAUAGGGUAGUCUCUUUUAAUGUUGUUCAUUUCCCUCUUUACUUUCUCCUUAGAGUCCACGUCCAACAGAAAUAUGCAUGUACGCGUAUGUGCCAACAAGGAGAAGCCAUCACGCUUCCUCCAGCCUCACACUGCUGCACUGACAGGACAAAUUAUUUUCAGAGCAGACUGCACAGGCUAUGUGAAGUGUUAACCCUUCGUUUUCAUAGUUUCUGUCAGUCUGUAAUAACAACACUGGACCAUCCGUUGCUGAGACCUGGGAACGUGGCUGAAAACAAGUCUUACCAACCACGAGCAGUUAGUUAGACAGGUUGUAAACAAACUCACUAAAACUUACUAGGAGGAGAAAACAAAGGUGAAGUCUAACAUUAUUACCCAGACUGUCUGUUGUAGCUUUGACCCACUGAACUGGCUGAAGGUGUGUAUAUACACACACACACACCAACAUUUCAGGUACACUCACACUUUCAGCUUUAGCACCAGUUAAAGAGUCUUCCUGUGAUUUCAAACUGCGUUUCCAAAAAGUCAGAGGACUCACAAGAAAUUAUUUAAAAAAAGAAAAAAAAAAAAGUUCAGAGCAGCAGAAGCUGAAGUAUCCUGACUUUGUUUUCUAGUAUGGAUCUACAUUCCUACAUUUCCCAGCCUGCUCAGUCAGUAAGUGCUUUAGGUGUUCUAGCUAAACUAUGGGUUUGUUUACAGCCUGUCCGAUCACCUGACAGUGUUAUCAAGAACCGACAGAAAUAAUGACCAAAACUAUGAGAUUCACCAAAACCCAAAUUGUGAUAAACCAGAUUUAUCUGUUAAGCUGUGCCAGAGAUUCUUAUCUUUAUGUAACGUUCAUACAUUUUUGAACCACACUGGACUCUGUACUUAACAGGCCUGACCACAGAGCUGCAGUCCACAGUGUUCCUGCUGCAACUCAGCGGGAAUAGCACCAACUUAUCUUUGUUUAAGGUGCUUCAGGAAAGCCAGACCAAGAGCCAGGGUCUUUUUUUUUUUUUUAUCAGUUAAUGAAUAAAUAUGUGGCCUCUCCUUUCACAGGUCCGUUGACAGCAGGAGGCAGCCUUGUGUGAAGGGUUUAAACGUUACACAAGAGUUUUUUUUCUUUCCCAGCUGAAUUAAUUUUUAUCUCUAUUGUACAUCCAGUGGCAUAACAUUGCUGGUGGUUCCUUCUGUAAACCAACCUUCCCUAUAACUGAAUCCGCUUUAUUCUGUUUCUCCAAAAUAUCCUAAUAAACAUAUCCAUCCUGCGAGAGCCGACUUUGAUUCUGUGGUUAGAGGAACACCAUUGUAAGACGAUCCCGGUGGUGAGGAUAGAAUUGGCCGUCAGAGAGAAAUUUCUAAAAAUAAAAAUACAAAAAAAAAAGAUAUUGCUUCCAGAGCUCAAUACAAAAGGGUUAGUGAGUGUAUUUAUUACAUGAACUGUGGAGGCUGCGAUGAGUAAAGUGAGGGUAGCAUGUAAUCACAACGUGCAAAGGAUUAUUAUUUUGGUUUUGGUUUUUUGAGGUUUCUUCCAUCAAUUGUAACGAUCUCGAUGCAGGUAUGAGAAUGAAACAUGCCUUUUUGAAUAAAGAGGUUGAACUAA